CGACAUCCGGUGUUUGCGUUCCGAGGUUGGGCUAGUUCUCCUUCCUCUCUCGCCAUCUCCCAACCUUCCGCACGGGUUUGAGGAGGCCAUGGAUUCUUCAAGCGAAGUUCCUGACCAGUUGUUCUCUCUAUCUUCUAUCGAGAUCAUCACUAACACUCCGGAACCAAACCCCAUCCCGGAAUCAACUUCAGUUCCAUCACUAACAUCUAACCCUAACCCUAAUCCUGCCCAAUUCUUCCCCUUCAUCGUUCCCAAGAAACCAAGGAGAAGCCGUCCCCAACGCGGUAGUGCCAGGACUUCGUUUCACAUCCUUCCUCCGCAUUAUCUCACCUUCGACACGACCACCAUCACUGCCGCCAGUACCAGCAACAACAAUUUUGCCCCUCCUCCUUCUUCCUCUUUGUUAAACCCUAAUUCCUCUGUGCCGGAUUUUAGUGAUGAGAUCAUAGUGAUCAACAAGGAUUCCACCGGCGAGGCCUUAAUUGCACUCUCUGCGGGGUUCCCUGCUGACUCCCUCACUGACGAGGAAAUUGAGGCAGGUGUUGUUUCUGUUGUAGGUGGCAUCGAGCAGGUCAACUACACUAUCAUACGCAAUCACAUUAUCGCCAAAUGGCGCGAGAACAUCUCCAGUUGGGUUAGUAAGGAGAUGUUCAUCAACAGCAUACCAAAGCACUGUACCUCUCUCUUGAAUUCAGCUUAUAAUUAUUUGGUUUCCCAUGGAUAUAUUAAUUUUGGGGUUGCCCCAGCAAUUAAGGAGAAAAUUCCGGCCGAGCCUAGCAAGCCAAGCAUUGUGAUCAUAGGUGCUGGGCUUUCUGGUUUGGCUGCAGCACGCCAGUUAAUGAGACUUGGCUUCAAGGUGACAGUUUUGGAGGGUAGGAAGCGUGCAGGUGGCCGGGUUUACACAAAGAGAAUGGAGGGUGGCGGUGGGAACAAGGUAAGUGCUGCUGCGGAUUUAGGUGGUAGUGUAUUGACAGGUACAUUGGGUAACCCACUUGGGAUUUUGGCACGGCAGCUGGGGCAUUCCCUUCAUAAAGUGAGAGAUAAGUGUCCGCUUUACCAAAUGGAUGGGAAGCCAGUUGAUUUAGAUAUGGACAGGAAGGUGGAGAUUGCAUUCAAUCGUUUGUUGGACAAGGCAAGUAGGCUUAGGCAGUUGAUGGGAGAGGUUUCUGUUGAUGUAUCACUUGGGGCAGCAUUAGAGACAUUUAGGCAGGUUUAUGGUGACGCUGUGAAUACAGAGGACAUGAACUUGUUCAAUUGGCAUUGUGCAAAUUUGGAGUAUGCUAAUGCUGGGUUAAUGUCAAAACUUUCACUUGCCUUUUGGGAUCAAGAUGAUCCAUACGAUAUGGGAGGGGAUCACUGUUUCCUUCCUGGAGGGAAUGGGAGGCUGGUUCAGGCUCUGGCAGAGAAUGUGCCAAUCCUGUAUGAGAAAACUGUGCAUACUAUCAGGUAUGGCAGUGACGGAGUGCAGGUUAUUGCAGGGAAUCAGGUUUUUGAGGGUGAUAUGGCUUUGUGCACCAUUCCACUUGGGGUUUUGAAGAGCGGGUCUGUUAAGUUUAUUCCUGAGUUGCCUCAGAGAAAGCUUGAUGGGAUGAAAAGGUUGGGAUAUGGUUUGUUGAACAAAGUUGCUAUGCUUUUUCCUUAUGUGUUUUGGGAGACAGAUCUUGAUACCUUUGGGCAUUUGACUGAUGAUGCAAGUACUCGAGGGGAGUUCUUUUUGUUCUAUAGCUAUUCGCCGGUUGCUGGUGGACCUCUCGUGAUUGCUUUAGUAGCAGGAGAAGCUGCACACAAGUUUGAGAGCAUGCCCCCCACGGAUGCGUUGACCAAAGUUCUUCAAAUUCUCAAGGGUAUCUAUGAACCACGGGGAAUCAAUGUCCCAGAGCCAAUCCAGACCGUCUGUACUAGAUGGGGUAGUGAUCCAUUUUGCCUUGGCUCUUACUCUAAUGUUGCUGUUGGCUCGUCCGGGGAUGAUUAUGAUAUAAUGGCAGAAAAUGUGGGAGAUGGAAGACUUUUCUUUGCAGGGGAGGCCACUAAUAGGCGAUACCCUGCAACUAUGCAUGGAGCAUUUCUUAGUGGGCUUCGGGAAGCAGCAAAUAUGGCUCGCUAUGCUAGAACUCGAACAAUGAGGAUGAAGGUUAAUAGGAACCCGUCUAAGAAUGCGCAUUCUUGUGCUUCCCUUCUUGCAGAUUUAUUCAGGGAGCCUGAUUUAGAAUUUGGGAGUUUUUCUGUUAUCUUUGGUCACAAGAAUUUGGAUCCAAAAUCGACGGCAAUAUUAAGGGUGACAUUUAAUGAGCCUCGAAAGAAGAACCUGGAAGGGUCAAAACCAAAUCAGCAGCAUUCGAAUAAAGUGCUUUUUCAACAGCUCCAGUCACAUUUCAAUCAGCAACAACAGCUUCAUGUUUACACUUUGUUAUCAAAACAGCAAGCCCUUGAGCUUAGAGAGGUGAGAGGGGGUGAUGAGAUGAGGUUGAAUUACCUUUGUGAAAAUCUAGGAGUGAAGCUGGUGGGAAGAAAAGGUUUGGGGCCUACUGCUGAUUCUCUAAUUGCUUCCAUAAGAGCUGAGAGAGGCCGCCGUAAACCUGCUUCAACUUCAAUGGCUCUGAAAUCAGGUGCCUCUAAAUUGAAAACAGGAAAUUUGAAGCAAAAGUUGGUCAGGAGGGCAAAAGUAGUAAGCAACACUAAUAAGUUGGUACCUCCUCCCUCUUCAAACAUGAUAAUUGGAAAUGCUUUGGCUGUUGAACCCAAUUUGAACAUUGUAAACAGCAAUAAAAUAGUAGCCCCUCUUAAUUCUGAGAUUGUAAAUGGUAUUGCUUCCGAGGAAAUCAGGACCACAAAUCAGGCACCUCAGGGCAUAUCUGGUUCAGGUAUAUACGCCACCUUUCCUUUUACUUCUUUUUAGGGCAAAAUCAAUAUGAUGGGAUGAAGCAAUGACCAGAGACCCUCUUCCUUUUCAGAGGUGAGAUGUUGAAAACUGUUGUUGUCCCUAGAGUGAAUCUUUGAGAAUUUGGUGUUCCCCAUUUUACUGAUUGAUGUGCUUUUCCGACCUGGAAAAGUUGGCAAGAGAUGAAGAUGCCCCAGGUAAGUGAUAACAUGCUUAGUUCCAAUUGUGAGAUUACUUGGAAUGACAUUUCAAUGGAGAGGUUAUGGACUAGGAAUCGGAUCUCAAACAUCAUCCCAAUCGUGAAGACCGCAUGAUUUGGAAAGGCAGGGCAUUCCAAAUCAAGACCUGCUAUGGCCUCCUUUUGCAAGGUGCGGGGUUAGAAGAUUUCCCUUGGAGGCAAGUUUGGCAAUUAAUGUCCAACAAGAGUUGCUUUUGUGACUUGGAAAACAAUUUACGAGAGAAUCUCAACUCUAGAACACCAUCAAAGGAGAGAACCGCUUUUCUUAACAGAUGCUUUGAAGAAACUUUCCAAUGUUUAAUGCCCAUUGCAGCAACACGACCAUCUUGAGAAACACUGCCUUCAUUUUAAUGGGAAUGAAUCUACUGUAGCAAAAGCAUUGGAGGAAGGGAACUCAAAGCUUGGAGUUAUUGCCUAGUGUUUUUCAGAGGUUUCUGUCCAGCAAAAUUUCCAUUUGACACGCUGUAAGCCUGUAACCUUGGGCUUAUGAUGGUCUCUCAUUUGCCUGGACGAUAUUAUGUAAUUUUGCUUCCUAUUCAUUUGGCUGAUUCUGAUCAGGAAAUUGUUGAAACUUGAAUGUUUUUUCUGUAAAAUCCAUGAUUGUUGUCAUAGUGGCACGAAGGUAGUCUACCCA